AUGAUGGAUAAUAGUUAUGACCAUUGGUUUUCAAAAUAUGAUUAAGAGUCUUUUGAAAAAGAUUUCUUGAAAGUUCCAUAUUAUGAGUUCCUAAAUCAGUUGGUAUCAUGAAUCAACAUUAUUUAGAUUGUUAAUCCUGAUUUCAGUCUUCUUCCAAAUGAACCUUAAUUAUCAUUAGAUAAUGUACAUAAGGUAUUGUAAUAGACUAUACAAAAAAAUCAUUUGAUUAUUUCAACAUUCAUUUUAAACUUACUUGAUAAUUCAAAAGAGCCUUUUUUAAGAUGGGUGAGAAGUGUAAUUGCAUUUAUAGAUUGUGAAAAAAUCUAUUCAAUUAUGUUUUGGAAUUUAAAUUUCAUUCCUAACUUCCUUGAAUAUAGAUUGUAUGCUAGUUUCAUUAGACUUUACAAAUUCUUAAUCAGUUUAAACUAAAAUGUGAUUUAACCAAAAUCUCUUAUAACAGAAUAAAUCAGAUUGUCAAACAAAUUCACUAUUAAAACACUUGCUGAAAGAUAUUAAGAUGCUUUAUAUGUAUCCUUUGAUGAAUUGGCCAAACUUUAAAGACAAAUGCUUAAAGUAUUAAAACCAUUAGUUAGUCAAAAUCCUACAUUAAUAGGUAAGAUUUACUAUUUCAUCUAUCAUAUGUAUGAUAAACCAACAAUGCAAUUAUUAAAAGAUCUUGAUUAAUAAUUUGGUUAAUUAGAAAAUUAAUGGGUCAAAAAGAUUUUAAUAGAAAAUGAAUUGGCUAAAAAAUACAUUGAUGCUUAUUUAAAUGAUGAUAAAUAAGGUGGAGAUCAAUUUGAAUUUGAAGAUUCUGAAAUCUUAAAAUAAUUAAUGAGUUAAAAUAAAUAAGAAAAUUUAUAUAAAGUGGAUGCUUAAGAUAAAUCAUUAUUAGAAAAAUCAAAGAAAACAUAAUUUCUUAAUAAUUUAGAUAACAAAAACAAAAGAAGGAAUCAUGAUGGUAAAUCUUCAGUUUUUGUAUAAAAUUAUAGUAUUGUUUCAGAUUUAACAAUUUCAUCUAAUGAAAAUAGAUCUAAGAUUUAUUCUGAAGAUGUAUCUAAUAUAAAAUAUAAUAAUGUCUAAUCUAAUUUAACAAGUGAAUAAUAUACAUUUAAUCAAUAUUCAAAUAAUAAUUUAUAGAAUUCAAUUAUUGGAUUUUUAGCUAGUGAUCUUAUUCAUCUUGAAAAAGAACAUUAAUAAGAAUUUAAAAAUAAUAAAUUACAAAAAAAAAUAUAAAUUGAUGAUUCUAUCAAAUUAAAUGAUGAUUUAGUAGAAUUUAUAUCAAAAGCAGAUAAUUAAAUUUCUAUUAUUAAAGAUGAAGAUAUUUUAAUUGGAGAUAAUUAUAAAAGGAAAAAAUAAAGAAUUAAAAAUACUAAAAACAUAGAAGAAAAUGAAUCCCCUGAUGUUCAUAGAAAGUAAACAUUGGUCAAUACUAAAUAACACGAAAAUCAUGAAGAAGAAUUAAGAAAAGUAAGAGCCAGAAGAUUAUUAGGUGAAUAAAAUCAACUCUUUAAUGAAAAACAUAGAUAUGCAAAUAAUUAAGAUAAUCAAUUAUCUACUGAUAAAGAUAUACAUAGUAAAUUAUAUUAUAUAAAUUUAGGAUAUUCAUUUGAAGAUUCAAUAAGUGAAGAGGAUGAUGAAUCUGAGGAUGAAAUUAAAUUCAAAUAAUAAUAAACUAAAGUAAUUAUUCCAAUAAAUUAAUCCUAAAAUACUUAAGGAAUUAUAUUUGAUAAAUUUUAAUAAUAUUCUGGAUUAUAUAUUUAAGGAGGAUCUGAAAAAAAUAAAUAUUUCUUGAAUCGAUUAUUUCAUAUGAAUGAAAAUUCACUUAGAAUAUCAGGAAAAUCUUUAGCUCCAGAUUUUGAAGAAAGAAAAUGGUAAUUAUUAUAAUUUAAAUUAAUUAAGGGAAUUUUUAAAAUAAAGUAUAUUACCAUAAAAUGUAAUAAAAGAAGAAAAUUAUGUUUUAAACUUUGAUGAACAAAUUAAACCUAUUUUUGAUAGAUAAUACAAAUUCAAAUCAAAAUUAAAGAGUAAUUAUGAAAAAUACUAUUAUUUUUGA